UGUGUGCAUGCAUGUUCGGAUUCAGUGGACCAAGAGGCAUUGUUCGUCUUCGGAUCUCCUUGCUUCAUCUGCGUGCUUCCUAGACUGAUAACUCAGGUUUCUUGCCACUUGGGACACAUUCAGGACGAUAGCGUCCAGCUACCGAGUUGGUGUGUCACAGUGUGACAGAUCGUCGCCCAGGUAGUGGCUGCCAUCUGAGACUGCCUUGUGGAGGACUACAUGGCUGUGCCCACCACUGAUGACUGGAGGUCCAUUGCAGAGGGAUUUCAGGAGCAGUGGAACUUCCCUCUGUGCUGUGGAGCGGUGGAUGGGAAGCACGUGGUGAUCAAGGCACCCCCCAACUCAGGAUCCCAGUUCCACAACUACAAGGGAACCUUCUCCAUCGUUCUCCUUGCAGUUGUGGAUGCGAAGUAUCGCUUCCGGGUGAUCGAUGUUGGGGGAUACGGCAGGACCAGCGACGGUGGGAUUCUUCUGCACCCCGCCUUUGGACAGGCUCUCCGGGCUGACACACUUCAUCUGCCUCCUGACCACCGUCUUCCCGGUGCUGAUGAAAGAAGACCCCAGCCCCAUGUCUUCGUGGCUGAUGAGGUGUUCCCGCUGCGGAGGAACCUCAUGCGGCCCUUCCCUGGACGCACCCUUCCUCCAGAGAGGCGUGUCUUUAAUUACCGCCUCUCCAAAGCCAGGCUGGUGGUGGAGAACGCCUUUGGCAUCCUCACCUCACAGUGGAAGUUGUACCACCGCCUCAUCGAGGUCCACCCUGAAGUUGCGGAGAAGUGUGUGAAGGCAAAGUGUGUUCUCCACAACUUCAUGAGGUAUUCGGAAGGGAGAGAGGCACCUGCUGUGAGGGGCGUGGGACAUGCUGGAGAGGAGCCACUGCCAGGUCUGGGUCGGGUUGCGGCCAACAACUCCUCCAGAGAAGCACUCCAGGUGAGGGAUGCUUUCAUGGCACACUUCUCAGCAGAGGAAGCAGUACCAUGGCAGCCGACGGAGUAGCGUUUGAAGUCCUCCUCAUUACUUCCCCACGACGGCUCUUUUAAGAGCCACCCACAAACCUAUAAAGAGCAUAACUUUCUAAAAACUGUUUUCUU